AUGAUUAACAUUUCGUUGACCAGGGCUCCUCGCAACCUCAAGGAGGCUAUUGACUGGUUGAUAGCCCUGAAGGGAGAUGAUCCUAGGAACAACUUGAGGGCUAUGGGUGAGGCAAUUUACAACCUGCUUGGAAGCGACACCAUUGGUGGGAAGAUGUUGCCAGCUCUCAAGAUAAUAAGGCGCAUUUCUCAGAACUUCUUGCAGAAAAAGGAGCUUCACGACCAGGCCUUUGUGAAGUCGGCGUUGAGGCAGUUGAAUCAGCUGAUGGACAAAACUCCAGGUGGCAUCGCUAUUCCGAAGAGUGUUACCCCUGACACCAUAGCGAACAACUUGGCUCAUGUUGUUGUCGGUGCCGAGAUAUUCUUGAAUGACAUCAAGGAUCUCGACCAGUACGUCUCCUCUUACAGCUCGGAAGCGACAUGGGCUAAUUCAUGUUCGAUGAAACCGGAAGCUUGCGCGGUGGUCUUCGUGGGAAUUGCGCCAAUGUUGUUCACGGGUCUGCGCUAUUUGAACAGUGCGUGUUUGGGUUCAACACGAUCCGGUUCGAAGUCUAUUUCGAAGGAGCGUUUGGAGGAGGUUCUGAAAUCCCUGGGUUACAGGGAUCCGCAUUGCAAGGAUGGCAUAAGUGGCGCGGAUGUCAUCAGCGCAUUGAGGGCUGUGGAUAAGAAGACAAUGGCCACACUGCAUGACCUCGCCUCUAUUUGA